AUGAUCAAUUUUGAAAAAAUGGCAACAAAUCAAAUAAAAGAGGAACAUUUACGUAGCGUUCUCGUGGGAGUCCUUCAUCUAUUGAGCGAAAAAGAUCGACAAAGUUUCCAUUUUCUUAUUGGAAGAAAUGUUCCGCGACCGAUCCAAGACGAUCCAACCUUUCAAGGAACAUUAAAUCUUAUUGAAACGUUGUUCGACCGAAAUAAAAUCAGCGUUAAUGACAUCUAUUUUCUUAUCGAUGCUUUUAGAAAAAUCGGCUGCCAUGCGAUUGCAAAGGUUUUACAAGAUUACCAAAAUCAAAUUCAAUCGAAUUCAGGAUCAUCUGAAAAUCGACGAUUGAUUGAUGAUCUAGAUUUAGAAUCAGAUGCGCCGACUGUACUACUACAUGAUUAUCGGAAAAAACAUAUAGAAUUAUCGUCAUCAUCGAAAAGUACAAUUUAUUUCAUUAUCGUUUUAUUGACUUUAAUGGGAUCAGUUAUAAUUGUGUUUAUUUUCGUUAACAGAAGUGUUCCGAUAAACGUCGCGACAAACCAUACAGAAAGAAUGGAUUGCUCGAUGUUGCCAAGAAACGACAACGAGAUCCCUAUAGGAGCAAUGAGUCUUUCGAUUGAAGAUAGACCAUUGUUUAUCGUGGGAAAGAAGUUCGGUGAAUCAAAUGCAACAAAAUUCGAUGAUUCUUUACGUUGGAAUGUUAACUCUUUGCCUUAUUUCUACGGAUUCUGUCCACGAGUUGAUUCAGAGGGUUUAGAAUCAUACCAAUUCUUCUACGCAUCGUCACAGAAUCAACAACCUAAGAUCAAAUCAGAUGUUCAUGGAACUCAGCCGAAAAAUUCCAGAUCUGAUUUUGAUUUUUCGGAAAAAAACGACAGAGUCAUCCAAGUGCAAGGAAGAUUGGUAAAGAAAAGCAUGCUUUCACCGAGUGGAAUAAAUCAAACGAUCAAUAUUAUUACUGAAUUGGAGUUCAUUUCCAAGACAGGUCGCGUCAGUCCAUUACACAUUAUAUCAGUGCAGAAAGAAUUGAGUGAAAAAUUUAGCGAAGAAUACGAGGGAUAUGUAUUAGGAUAUGUGACAGGCAGAUCAGCGGAAUAUGUUGAACAAAUACAAUUCGUUUGGUACCGAUCCAUAGAAUUAGAAUCCAACGAAGAUUAA